GGGGAAGAGGGCUGGGAGAGGCGGCGGGAGUCGCGGCUGACAACGGCUGGGCCUCGUCGCCUUGGGUCAACCAGGUAUGACAGACUGGCCUGGUGAGGCAACAGGAAAAUCUCCAAGAACCAUUAGAAAGUCAUCCAGAUCCAUCAACUUCUUGGAGUAGUUCAUCUUAAACACCUCUAAAGGAAUUCUGAGUCCCAGCAGGUCGAAACCUUUCCGAAUCCAAAAAAACGAUGGCAGAAGACUUAGACCAAUUUCUUGAAGAGCAAAAAACCAAGUUGGCUGAGGACAAGGCAAAACUUGAAAAUGAUCCACCUUACAUGGAAAUGCAGAACAAAAGUACUGAAAAGCUUUCAGAGACCAGCGAAAUGUUGAUAUCCAUGGCUAAAGAAAAUAUCCCUCCAAACAGUCAACAGACAGACUAUGGCUUAAGCUUGCCUCUUGGAGAAGACUAUGAACAUAAAAAACACAAACUGAAGGAGGAGCUUCGACAGGACUACCGACGUUACCUUUCUCAGGGAAUUUCACAGGCAAAAAAGAAGAAAAAAUAUCUUACAUCUGGUGAAGUUGAUCCAUACACUCAGGGACUUUCUCUUCCCAUUGGUGACAGGACGUCAGCUAAAGAUAGGUUAAGAGUUGAAAGAAACAAGGAGUACAAUCAGUAUCUCAGGGAAAAGGAAGACUGUAAUGAAAGGUUAAGAAGAGACGGAAAGAGGCACAUAGAGCAUGACACAGAUACGUACAGAAAAAGCACCUUGGUUUCCAGAGAGCAGUCAGAAUUACAUAUGCCCUUGAGAAGAGAUGAAGAAUCCCUCAAGAAAGAUGCUUCUACUUCUACUGAGACCUAUGAAGGGUUGUCGAACAGCAAACCAUCAUUAGACCAACAUCACAGAUCAGAUAAUGAAACUGGAUGUGGGGACAGUGUAUUGCACGAAAAGCUUGAUGAAAAAUUGAACAUUUCCAACAAAAAGCACCAAAAGCUUGAUGGCAAAUCUUGUAUCUCUCCUAGAAGGCAUCGUAUAUUUGAUCAUGAUCCUGAAAUAAAUGACGAAAUGGAUCCUAGAUUUCGAUAUGAAAGUGACUAUGACAGAAAGCCUUUGCGAGUCUUUCAUGCUCAAAGACGUCAAGGCAAUUUUCCUACUAAAGAGCAACCACAGUCUGCUCAAUAUGCAACAGGACUCAUAAUUGGAGGUCAAGACAGAGAACUUAUUCAGAGAAGAAAAGAACAAUAUAGGCAAGAAUUAAUGGAGCAAAUUGCUGAGCAGCAGAGGAAUAAGAGACGUGAAAAGGAGCUUGAGCUCCCAGUUGCUACAUCUGGAGCUUUAGACCCUGAGAAAAUGCAAAGUGAAGAAAAGCCCAACAGACUAAAGGAAUUGGGAUUAGCACCACGAAUACUCAAAGAGAGAAUACCACCAGAAAAACCAAGACCAGCGUUUCAGACACCAACUCCUGGACCUACCUCUAUAUCUGCACCUCCCAUGUCACCAGUGAAUGAAGACUCUCACAGAGGACUAUCUACUACUCUUGGAGAAAUGUUGAGUCCCAGAAUUGUACACCUAUCAGCUCCAGUGCCUCCACCAGUUGUGACUGAUAACUAUAAAACUCCAUAUGAUGAUGCAUACUACUACUAUGGUGCAAGGAAUCCUUUGGAUCCCAACCUUGCACACGAUAGACAACCUUCAUCUGCACCUCCACCUGUUGAUGCUGUUCAUAGAUCUCCUGCUGUGUCUCUCAGUAAAGUUGAAGCAAAGCUUAUAAAUGAUCGACCAAGAAGACUGGGAAUAGUUCCUGAAGAAAAACAAAAAUCCACAAAAGACACUACUUUAGCUUAUCAACAAGAACUACAGCAGCAGAUAAAGGAAAGAGAGGAACGUCGUAGACAGGAAAAGGAGGAAAGGGAACGGCAUGAUGCCAAAUUAGAAGCGGAAAUGAGAAGUUACAAUCCUUGGGGGAAAGGAGGUGGAGGUGCUCCUCUGAGAGAUAAAAAGGGAAAUCUCAUAACUGACUUGAAUAUGAUGCACAAGCAAAAUGAAGAUGCAUAUCAUAAUCCAGAGGCACGAGUAUAUGAAGAUAAAAUGGCCAUAGCCUCUGUUGACCCAGGUUUGGCCUCCCCAAGUCUUGAGAAUACAGAUGACUCUACAAAUAAAAUAGCAGGUUUUACAUAUACACAAGUAUCCCCAUUUGCUCGUGGCAAUGUAUUUGGUGAGACUCCAACCGCAGAGCAGCUUAGGCGGCAAGAAUCCUACAAGAACUUCCUUUGUUUUCAGAUUGAAGAGAAAAGAAAGAGAGAAGAAGAAGAGCGUGAAAAGCGAAGACUUGAAGAAGAAAAAGAAGAAAGAAGGCUGGCUGAUCAGAGGGCUAGAAUACAAAGAGAAUAUGAAGAAGAACGGGAAAGGAAGAGAAAGAAAGAAGAAGAGCAAAGAUUAAAAAAUGAAGAACUGUAUCGAUUAGCUGAAGAAAGGAGAAAAGAGGCAGAGAAAAAAAAGUUAGAGGAAGAAGAAAGACAAGAUAAGCAGAAUAAUGAAACUGAAAGACAUAUAGUAAUUGAAGAAGAAAAGAUUUCUAGACAAGCUUCUCCUCUCAUUCCGUCUCUUCAGAACAAGCCAUUAGUAAAAGAAGAAAGGUCACUUUUGAUGGAGAGUCGUACCUCUUAUUACACACAUGAUGUUCCAAGAGAUCAGUCUCCUCCAGUCCCAGCUAGAAGAAAUCAGCUGCGUGCCUACGAAGAAAGAAAGAAUGUAAUAAAUGAGCUGUCAGAGAUGAGGAAACAACUCCGCAGUGAAGAGCGGCGGCUGCAGGAACAAUUGUUAAAAGUGCAUAGUGAUGAUGAUGAUGACCUGUCAGCAAAAGGCAGGAGAAAAGAUAAAGGUUACUUGGAUGUAUUUGAGAUGGCCAGACUUCGCAUGCAAGCUCCAGUCAGGCGACCAUCAUCAAAGGAGGUUGCUGAUCCUAUCAAUGUACAAAAUAUCCGUGAAUUUAAUGAACUUAAAUACAAAGAUUCAGACACUCGAACAGAAACUAGAUACAUGUACCCUGACCCACCCACUAAUGAUGAUGCUCUGGACAUUCAGCAGCAGGCAUUGCUAAGAGAGCAGAAAAAGAAACUGAAAAAAUUAAGGAGAAAUGCAGAAGCUGUCCUAGAUUUUGAUGAUCUUGAGUCUAGCUAUAAAUCAAGACGCAGGGGAAUGGUUAUGGAUGAUGAAUCAAAUGAAUUUAUGAAAAACUCACUCUUGGAAUCUGAGAGUGCUUUUAUUGCUACUGAUGGUGAGGCCUUUCUUCCUUUAGAAGUACACACAACUCCACCACCUCUGUCUGCAAGAGAAAGAAGGCGAGAGAAGAAGAAGGAUGAUGCUCCAUUUAAGGUGACUCCACCACCACAAUCUGAUAACAGCUCUCUGCGCUCAAACUCUAGCCUCAAUAUAGAACAGCUAAAAGCCAGAAAUGAAGAACGGCUGCAAAGAUUAAAUGAGCUACAGAAGGCGGCCAGCCAUAUAGCUGAUGACAUUUCACUGGGAAAUGCUGAUGAUAUCCUGAAGGAGUUGCCAUCCAAAGAUGUCAGACGAUCCAACUCUGUUGACACUGUGGCAACUGAACCAUGGCUGAGACCUGGGACAUCGGAAACCCUGAAAAGAUUUAUGUCUGAGCAAUCAAGUCAAGCUAAACUUUCUUCUGAGAAGAAUGUACCCUUCAAUUGGCAGGGGCUGUCAACUGCCCACGGCUGAAUAAAUUUGUAGUGAAGCCAGUUGUGCCUUUCAAAAGCAUGUUUCCCCACUACUGCACUUUGAUACACACAAACACAGAGGUUGCUUGUGACAAACAUUUCACUCUUCUGAAAAAGUUGAAGUAUGUUUACUGAUUAAGAUUUAAACUUGUACAUGUAAAUGCUGAAAAAUGGCACUGGAGCAACCUUUUCCAGUUUACUUUUCUGAUACCUUUCUGAGAAAUUAUCCAAUUUCAGGUACUACUACUAUGAUAGUCAUAAUAAGUACGGUGGCUUGGAGUCCUCAGACACAUAAUAGACACUAAGGAAACAACAUAGGGAUCAAUGUUUAAUCUACACUUUAUGUCCAGUCAUUUGUUCUGAACUGUCAAACUACUGUCCCUCUUAGUGUGUUUUUUUUAAAUAUAAGUGCUAUGAAAUGUAUUUAUGCUAAUGAUUUUAAGAUCAUAAAAUAAAUUUUAUUUUAUUACAGAUUGAA